AUGUCACUUUACCAUACUGGGAGUCCCCUGGUCCAUACUGGGAGCCCACUGCCCCCUCUCUCCACAGGCUCCGGGGCCGGAGGGUCCGGCCCGGCCAGGGGGGGCCCCGACACCGAAGCCAUAAAGGGACCCCCGGGACCCCCCCCGGGGCCCCCCCGACCUGCACGACAAGGGGGGGCCCGGCCCCCCCCCACUGUGAACCCCCCGAAAUCCAGAGGAGCCGAAGGGACCCGAACCCGGAUCCGAAGGGUCCCGAACCAGAGCCGAACGGAGCCGAAGAGGAGCCGAAGGGACCCGAACCCGGAUCCGAAGGGUCCCGAACCAGAGCCGAACGGAGCCGAAGAGGAGCCGAAGGGACCCGAACCCGGAUCCGAAGGGUCCCGAACCAGAGCCGAACGGACCCGAAAGGAGCCGAAGCGGACCCGAAUCGUUCCGAACGAUCCCGAACCGGAGCCUAACGGAGCCGAAGGGUCCCGAACCGGAGCCGAACUGUCCCGAAAGGAGCCGAAGAGAAGCCGAACCGGGCCCGACUCGGUCCGAACGAUCCCGAACCGGAGCCGAACGCUCCCGAACGGAGCCGAACGGAGCCGAUCGCGGGCGGGGGCCGGAGGGGCCCCGGCGGCCGCUGGAGCGAUGCUGCGACCCGGCCCGCACCACCCGGGGCCCUGAAGCCGGAGAUGCCCCUUGGCCAUGGCGGCCCCGGCGCCCCUUAAGAUGCCAGCGGCGUCGCCGCCAGCGCCCGUCCUGCUGCUGCUGC